UGGAUUUAUUGCUCUCCCCAUAGAAGUCCGCUCGAGUCAACAACCCUCAGUGCGGAGAUUUAUCAACGAAUUCUUUUUUCUGUUGUUCUUGUUGUAAACUUUUUUGUUGUACUUCUGAGGAAUGUUGUUCAACUACUUACUUGAACUACAUUACUCGUCUUCUAAUCAUUUAGACGAACAACUCCAGUGCCAGUAGAAGUACUACAAGUAUCUUGAUUAAUAUCCAAAAAAGCUGUUUCUUUUGCGUUCCUUUGCGUUCAAUAAGUAAUAUUCAUAUUGAGUACUACUACUAGAAGGGCUGUCUGAAUCAUUAAUGAUUUGAUUUUAACGUUGUCCAAUACAAGUAGAACGAAUACGAACAAGAUGAUCGACUGGGAUUUCAACGUCGUUUACAACAACGUCUCUGCCGGUGGGACAUCGAGGGGGAAUUACGUGUACCGUGCAUCUUUCGUUGGGGCACAACUAGGUCUUCGCGGUAUAGCGAUGAACUUUGAGGUAGAAGAAAGUCAUGAAUUGUACGAACUGCAAUCGAUUCUAGAUGAACAAGCAGCGGGCCUUGGCGCCCUGGGCGGCUCCUCAUCUAGCGGUCGGCAGAACAUCAAGAUCGGCAAGCGCUCCAAUGAGCGCCCUCGCGAACUGUUUCGGCAAAAAUUUUUUAAUUUCGUCCGAGAGUGUGACGAAGGAAACAAAUUGUCGUCGAAUGCUCUGCCUUCAGGGGAUCAUGAUGGGAAGAGCAAAAACAAGACCACCUCGUCCUACGCAGAAGUCUUGAAGAGACUCACGCUAGUCCACGAUGGGAGCCCUGGACGAUCGGACGUGUUGGAAAAAAUAUGCAACCGAAUCGCAGAGUCUGAGAAUCUGUCUUCCGCGAGCAUGAACAGUCGGGUUGCACCUAGCUGCACUGGAAGUGCCGCAGCAGCGGGUAACCUAAAUCCUGGCAAUCAAGAAGGACCUGAGCUAAAGAAACCAAGAUUAGAUCAAGAGCGUUCUUCAGCAUCGAACUCUAUAGUACAAGUGCUAGGAGACAACCUGAUGCAGCAACCCGCAAGCGUAGGAAAUAAAAGGGACUUUUGUGAUUUUCUAGUAGCUCUGCGACCGACCACUGAGACCGCCCUUCAGCAAAUCGCUGCGGCCAAGAGAUUCACGAACUUUCGCGUCCUCAGUCUCCCUUUAGAGGAUAGAAUCGGGGUGCGAAUGUUGCGUCCGCAGGCGACCUCACUACUCGCCAAAAGUGUCCUCUUUGAGGUGUGUUUGUCGCAUUCCCUGCGAGCCGAACAGGAGGUACGAUUCUUCUUCGCGAACGUCCAGAAAAUUGCACGCCUGACACAUGCGAAGCACUGUCUCGUUGUUUCGGGUGCGCGUGACUUGUUGGAGCUCCGUAGCGGAGACGACCUCGAAAACUUCGCCAAAGUUCUUGAUAUCAAGCAAAGCGCAAGGACAAACGAGGCACUACGCAAGUCCGACCAAGUAGUCGGCAGAGCGAUCGUUCAGUGUUGAAGCAGAAGCAGCUGAUGAGAAUACAGAACUUCUUUCCACUACUCAUGACAUCCCCACGGUAUCACUCUCUUUACUUUCCAAAUCCCAUUCAAAUGCCUAGUGCACUUUGCACGGCUAGGUGUGAUGUGUCUUCUUUCUCAGAUGUUAGAUGCAGGUGGCGAGGUUGGUUCUCCUUUAUUUCCCGCGAUCUCGCGAUGCCGCAACAAUAUCUCUUUUUAGCAAGAUCAAGAGAAGAUGGA